CGUCCUGGUUGGUCGACGCAGACGUCAGACUCGCGCCACUUCUUGCACCGCGAUUUGAGAGAGCCGCGUCUGAAUGAGAGCAGCACCGCUGUGCUUGUAAAGUGAAUAAACUACGAAUUUAAAGUGGGAUUUUGUCCAGGUGCCGCUCGAAAGGUCUUUUAUAAAGUUUGCUUCACCUGAGGGUCGACGUGUGCAGCCAUGGCUCGUAAGGAUUAUGCCGCAGAGAAAGAAAAAUGCAAACGGUUCCUGCAGGAGUUUUACACCGAGGAUGACAAUGGCAAGAAGGCAUUCAAAUAUGGCGCUCAACUUGUGGCGCUGGCCCACAGGGAGCAGGUGUCCCUCUAUGUGGAUCUGGACGAUGUGGCCGAGGAAGACCCCGAGCUGGUGGAGAGUGUCUGUGAGAAUGCCAAGCGCUACACGGGCCUGUUCGCCGACGCCAUCCACGAGCUGCUCCCCGAGUACAAAGAAAGAGACACUGUGGCCAAGGAUUCUUUGGACGUGUACAUUGAGCACAGGCUGAUGAUGGAGCAGAGGGGCCGAGACCCCGCAGACACCCGGGACCCUCGUAACCAGUAUCCACCUGAACUCAUGAGGAGAUUCGAGCUUUACUUCAAACCUCCCAGCACCUCUAAACCCAAAGUGGUGCGAGAUGUUCGAGCAGAUAGCAUCGGGAAUCUGGUGACCGUUCGAGGAAUCGUGACUCGUGCCACUGAGGUCAAGCCGAUGAUGGCGGUCGCUACGUACACGUGUGAUCAGUGUGGCGCAGAGACGUACCAGCCAAUCCAGUCCCCCUCCUUCAUGCCUCUCAUCAUGUGUCCCAGCCAAGAGUGCGUGACCAACAAAUCAGGGGGUCGGCUCUACCUGCAGACCAGAGGCUCCAAAUUUGUGAAGUUCCAGGAGCUGCGGAUUCAGGAACACAGUGACCAGGUCCCAGUCGGGAAUAUCCCAAGGAGCAUGUCCGUGUACGCCCGCGGAGAGAACACGCGCCUGGCCCAGCCAGGAGACCACGUCGCCAUCACAGGAAUCUUCCUCCCUAUGCUGCGCACAGGAUACUCACAGGCUGUCCAGGGUCUGCUGUCAGAAACCUACAUGGAGGCUCACAGCAUCACGCUCAUGAACAAGACAGAGGACGACGAGCUCGGCAACGAGGAGCUGAGCGACGAGGAGCUGCGCAGCAUCACAGAUGAAGGAUUUUAUGAGAAACUAGCAGGAUCUAUUGCACCGGAGAUCUACGGGCACGAAGACGUGAAGAAGGCUCUCCUGCUGCUGCUGGUUGGAGGAGUUGAACAGGCGCCAAAAGGCAUGAAAAUCAGAGGUAACAUCAACAUCUGCCUGAUGGGGGACCCCGGAGUCGCCAAGUCCCAGCUACUGUCCUACAUCGACCGUCUGGCUCCUCGGAGUCAGUACACCACCGGCCGCGGCUCCUCCGGCGUCGGUUUGACUGCUGCCGUGAUGCGUGACCCCCUGACCGGAGAGAUGACCCUGGAAGGUGGCGCCUUGGUGCUCGCCGACCUGGGCAUCUGCUGCAUAGACGAGUUUGACAAGAUGGCCGACGCCGACCGCACGGCCAUCCAUGAAGUGAUGGAGCAGCAGACCAUCUCCAUCGCCAAGGCUGGCAUCAUGACCUCCCUUAACGCUCGCUGCUCUAUUUUGGCGGCCGCCAACCCGGCGUAUGGUCGCUACAACCCGAGGAAGACCAUCGAGCAGAACAUCCAGCUCCCUGCAGCGCUGCUCUCCCGUUUCGAUCUGCUCUGGCUGAUCCAGGAUAAACCUGACGCUGAUGCCGACUUGCGCCUGGCUCAGCACAUCACCUACGUCCACCAGCACUGCCGCCAGCCUCCCACUCACUUCACGCCCAUCGACAUGAAGCUGAUGAGGCGUUACAUCGCUCUAUGUAAGAAGCGGCAACCCGUGGUUCCUGAGGGUCUUGCCGAUUACAUCACAGCGGCGUAUGUAGAGAUGAGGAAAGAGGCCCGAGUCAGCAAAGACACUACCUUCACCUCCGCUCGUACCCUUCUCUCCAUCCUCCGCCUGUCCACAGCGCUGGCUCGUCUCCGCAUGGUGGAGACGGUGGAGAAGGAAGACGUCAACGAGGCCAUGAGGCUCAUGGAGAUGUCCAAGGACUCGCUGCAAGCGGACAAGUCCAGCACCACGAGGACUCAGCGCCCGGCCGACGUCAUCUUCUCCCUGGUACGGGAGCUCGCCACAGAGGGCGUGGCGGGCCGCGGUGGAGCGGGUGGGCUCGUGCGCAUGGCCGAAGCGGAGCAGCGCUGCGUCUCCCGCGGUUUUACUCCGGCUCAGUUCCAGGAGGCCCUGGAGGAGUACGAGGAGCUGAACGUGUGGCAGGUCAACCAGGCUCGCACUCGCAUCACCUUCGUCUGAGGAACCCGGGACCACUCCUCGUUCCUCUAUCAGCUGAUAAACUCUCCACAGGGGGCGCUGCAGACCUCUGUUUGUGUAAUAAACGUUGAGGACAGCCGGGACUUUUUUUGGCAUGGCUUUAUUCUUGAUUUCCUGCUGUUGGAGCUCCAGAGCUUUUUAUAUUCCUGUUGCUAAAUGCUUGUAAAUAUGAAGGUCAGAACAUGGUAGAGUAGCAUCUCCAGUCCAGAGCUGAAAGCUUCUAGUCUCUAUGACUCUGUAAAUGUUUUAAUGCAGAUAAACUGUCAGGCAGCCUUGUACUGAGACGUAUAGUUCUAAUAAAUGGAUGGUUCAAUA